GUACUUCAGUACCAAAAGUACUUUAAGUACUUUACUUUAAGUACCACAAAUUUUCCGAUACUUAUACUUAAAUUUUUAAGUACUUUGAUUAAUACUGGUACUUAGUACUUAAAAGUAGUACUGAAUAUUCCAAAGUACUUAAAAUAGUUGCUUAAGUAAAAAAUUACUUUAAGUAUCCAAAAAUACUGGUACUUAACACUAAUGGAUUGAGUACUUAAACUUACAAGUACCAAGGUACUUAAUAUGUAGGUACUUAAGUACUUAUCCUAUUUAUAUCAAUGCUUCAUUCGAAAAAUACUGACGUUAGAGAAUAUAAUCAGGUAGUCAAAACAAGAGCUUACAUUUUGCUUAGUUGCGCUGCGCGUUUAAAAAUAAUUCCUUACUCAUUUUUCAUCUUUCGUUUCUGUGUGAUCGAUGGCGAAGCAGUAUUAUUCCAGUCGUCGUGUUGUGUAAUUUGUAGAACGGUAUAAGUAGUAUAUGGGUGAGUACCUUACCUUUAUUUUUAUAAGGUUUAAUAAAGUCUAAGUAAAAAUUAAUGUCCUCUUGCUUUUACUGAGAUUUUUUUACUAAUAAAGAAUGGGUUGUGAAAUUGGUAUUCAUAUCCAUUAUUUUGCUUUUCUAGUUUGAUAAUAUAUGGACACAUACAAAUGUGAAAUGAAUGCUUAUGAUGAUGACAUGGACAGUCUUCCUGACCCAUUUCAUGCGUCUGGAGAAGACGAUUCAGAUUAUAUCCCUGAAACCGAAUCAGCAGACAGCAGAAAGCAAGUUUCGCUCAAGCACUACUUUGCGUCCUCAUCGCGACCAAAGCCGUUACCCACUACAAGCAGUACCUGUACCAGUGACUUAAGCAAUAGCGACGAAAGCCAUGGUCAAUCACUAAAUAAGCACAAACUUCCACCAAUUCUGGAUGGCAAAUUCUUCCAAAUUAUUAAUACGGAUGAAGUGACCCACCACAUACAAGCGCAAUGCCAACUCUGCUUGCCAAAUAAGGCGAUAAUUAAAGGUUCUUUGAACAUUACCACCAAUUUUCUCAAACACCUUAAAAAAAAGCAUUCAAAUAAGUAUGAUUGCUACAUUCAAUAUAAAACAGAAAAGAUUACUUUAAAUCGUCAACAGAAGCGUACUUUAAGUAUUAGUGACUCCUCUGCAGAGAAAAACUUAAAAAAGCAAGUAACCAUUCAUUCAGUUUUAAAAAAAAGCCCACGCAAAAGUUGUUUGAUGAGAGAAUAAUAAAGUUUAUAAUUGACACAAUGUCACCAAUUUCAAUCAUUUCGCAUGAUAGUUUUAAAAACAUGUUCGAAGGUAUGAAUGUUCAUAUUAUGGAUCGCUCAGUAGCAGUUAAAAAAAUUAAUGUAAUGUAUGAGAACACUUGCAAUGAUCUGAAACUGGAAAUUUCUAAAGUAGGCCAUGUGUGUACCACGGCAGACAUUUGGUCUUCAAAAAGCCGUAGUUUCUUAGGCGUGACUUGUCAUUGGCUCAACGAAGAUCUGCAACGACGUUCUGUGGCCUUAGCAUGCUCAAGGUUUGCGGGUACACAUUCUUACGAUAGGGUUGCUGAGGCUUUAGAUGAUAUACAUAAACGGUUCCAUCUUGAUACGAAUAAAAUUUUGGCCACUGUGACUGACAAUGGUUCUAAUUUUGUCAAAUGUUUUAAAGAGUUUGGUUGUAACAUCGAUACAAUAAAUGACGAAUAUACUGGUAUAGAAGAAGACGACGAGGAAGAUAAUUCUGAUACGAUGAAACCUUGCAUUCAAAGUGACGAUGAGUACUGUACGUUUUUAACUCUUGAU